CUCCGGAGCCCCCGCCAAGCAGCGCCCCCCGAGCCACGGACCCACCACCUGCUGCCUCUAUGCACACCACCUUCCCCCCCCAAGGGGAAAUGGCCCACCCCAGUGUCUUCGCGGCCAUUUAUGUGUCGGCCGGGAGCAAUGAGGUGGUUCCGGAUGACGACGACGAGAUGGACAACUUUUUGCCAGAUGUCCAGUGGGCCACUUCUUGGACGCUGCCGCCGAUCACACAGGACGGCAGCACACCCAGCCCCAUGGGGCUGCCGCCACACACGCCAGCAGCUGUGCUGACGCCGUCCUUACCCCCGGGUUCUCUGCACAGCCACGCGGCCACGCAGCGCCCCCCGACGGAUGCCAGUCGCCCCAGCCCGCCUCCGUCCCUGCCCACCGUCCCCACUCCCCAGGGCUUGCUUCCGACUCCCAGCAGGAAUUUGGCGCUUUCUCCCACAGACGUGUUUGGGCAUCGGGCAAGCAGGACUUUGCCCGAGGACGCGGCUUCGGCCCUGGAAGAUACGGGACCCCUCUGGUGGGGGUCCCUGACGCCAGUCCUCGAGACCCAGCGGCCAGCUCUCCCCGAGGCCACGCAGCUUCUGGAAGCCAGUGCCGACAGCGACCCGGCAGCAGCGACCCCCAGUUUGAGGCCGGGGCCGCAGCACGCCCUUGUUUCGGCGCAGACCCCGCCCUCCGCGCACGGUGCCAGCACGGGUUCGACUUGGUCCGCCACUCCUCUGGCAUUUGACCCCUUUUCUGCUCCCUCAGCUGAUACCUCUGGUCACUCCUUUCUGCCCAGCAACACCGGCGAAACGUCCCCGCUGCUCAGGCACGUUGGGGCCCCCAGUCACGUGGCUGGCACUCCGGCCCCGAGCCCCGCCCCGUCCUCGAAACACGUGCGCUCCGCGUCUCGCCGUCUUUCCGCCCCGCCGCCAGCUCCGCCCUCGAGCCUCCUGGCGACAGACUUGGGCUCCGGCAACGGCCCCGAGACUUUGACCUUGUCCUUCACCGGGUGGGAAGCCAGCAGCCUCCCUGCCCCGGGCAGCGCGGGGACGGCCGACUUCUCGGAGGUUGAGGAAGAGCCUGCGGACCUCGAUACGAUUUUCCCGCCGAGACCCGUGCUGUCGCUCUCCUCGCCAGCCGUGGCGAUCUCAGCAGUGGCGGACACGAGUGGCCUCGCGUCCACACACGCUCCUUUCCUCCCAGACCACCCCCCUGCCUCCCUCCUGUCGCUUGAGGCGGCGUCCUUCAGCUCCCCUUGGCUGGGGGAAAGCCAGGUCCCGUCGUCCACGGCGGUUUCUCUCACCGGUGGAUUUCUUGGCGCCGCUUUCUCCGCCGCAGCAGCGGAGAGCACGCCGGCCCUGGCUGUCGCAGGCCCAAGCCCAAGCCCAAGCCCGGUCACUCCCAAUGGACUGGUUCCCUCCCUAGAAUCAUGGCUUCUGUCUGGCCAAGGAUCCCCCGGCUUUUCCCAACGCGAAACCGGAAGUCUUUGGGAUUUUGCAUCCAGCUUUUCCCCGACGCCGCCGCUGGGCUUCAGCAGCGCGGCCCCCUCAGCCCCGGAAGGUCCGGCGCCUUCGUCCACUCCUGCCGCCGGGGCGAGCGAUCUGUCCCCGCCCCUCUCGCAGGCGUUUCCCACGCCCGUGGCGGCGCCGACGUCACUUCCGGUUCCGGUUCCGGAUUCCACGCCCCUCGGAGGUCCUCAGCUCUGGCCCAGUGCAGACCCCCUUUCAAACGCGUCCGCGCUCCCGCCUGCCCCCUCCGAAGUGCCCCCGCCGUCCAGUUCCCCACCGCCCGAUUCCGUAGAGUUCUCCGAAGCAGCCGCGGCCCCGCCGGCGGGGCCUGACACGCUCUCCACGUCCGCUUCCACGCAGGCGACCCGGCGUUCGGAGGCGUCACGCUUCCCCGCCGAGUCUGCGGGCCCCACCCUGGCGCCCGCCGGUUCCGAGGGGCUCUCCGACCUGGGCACCCUCUUCCCAUCAGCACCCGCUGCCUCUCACCCUGCACCCACGUCAGCCAAGCCGUCCCUGUUGGUGACUCCCGCGCUGCCGGACGUUGAUAGCAGCGAGACAGAUGACCACGCGUCCGCCUUCCCCCCUUUGACCGUCAUCGCUCCCACCAGGACGGCACCCGGAGCAGACGUGUCCUCCUCACUGGUUUCUGAGGUGACCCCUUCACCUCUCGCCACGGAGCCAUUGUUUGGGGGCCCGUCCUUCACGCCCACCGAUGUCCCGGUGAACGUCUCCACUGAACCUGCCGCUCUCCCGCCUGUGGACGCCACCGGCCCGCUGAGCGGCCGGCCUGCCAGUCAGCCUCCCCACUCGGACCCCACGGCCCUGCCCCCGGGGACCGCCGCCACUCCCGAAGCCCUGCUCAACACGCCAGCCCCGGUCGCCACCAGGCCGCCGUACGUGUGUGACAUCACCGUCCCCGAUGCCUACCUGAUCACAGCUGUGCUGGCUCGAAGAGCCGUGCAUGAGUACAUCAUCAUGUCCAUCAAGGAAGUGCUGCGUGUCCACUUCAACCGGGCCGUGGAGCUGAAGGUCUAUGAGAUUUUCCCCGACUUCACCUUCCUUGUAACCUCCAGCCCCAUGGUCUACACGGCAGUCUCGGUCAUCAACGUGCUCAUUGGCAGCAAGCUAGUGCGGGACCGGACCCCGCUCAUCCUGGCCCUGAGGCCCUCCUUCUCUGUGCCGGACUCCAGGUUCCAGGUCCAGACAGUCCUGCAGUUUGUGCCACAGAGCGUGGACACUGGCUUCUGCAACUUCACCCAGCGUAUCGAGAGAGGCCUGGUGGUCGCGCUCUCGGAAGCGAAGUACCAGCCGGGCACCUAUAACAUCACAGUGCAGAUCUUGAAUGUCACCAUGGGGCCUUCAAGGAUGGCUGCCCGCCGGGGCCCAGUCACCAUCGUCUUUGCUGUCAGAAGUGCGCAGGGGUUUCUGAACGGGUCCGAAGUGAGCGAGCUGCUCCGGAACCUGAGUGUGGUGGAGUUCAGCUUCUACCUGGGCUACCCCACGCUGCGCAUCGCUGAGCUCCUCCUGGGCGUCUCGGAGAAGCGGCUGCAGAGCGAGCUCUUCCAGGCUGAGAUGGAGCGCAAGCUGGCGCAGCUGCUCGGCGAGGUGCUCCACCGGCAGCGCCUGUGGAGAAGGGCCACCACAGCCACGAGCAGCAGCCUGCUCCAGGGUCAGCUGCUGCUGAUUCCCAUCAUGAUGGCUCUGGACAGGGUGAAGAGGCCGUCCCCAGAGGCCCAGAGCAACAACCUGUGGGUCAUCGUGGGCGUGGUCAUCCCGGUGCUCGUCGUCAUGGUGAUCGUGGUCAUCCUCUACUGGAAACUGUGCCGCACGGACAAGCUGGACUUCCAGCCCGACACCGUGGCCAACAUCCAGCAGCGCCAGAAGUUGCAGAUUCCCAGUGUGAAGGGCUUUGAUUUUGCCAAGCAGCACCUGGGCCAGCACAAUAAAGAUGACAUCUUGAUCAUCCACGAGCCAGUGCCCCCGCCGGGACCUGUGAAGGAACACACCCCGCCCUCCGAGAAUGGAGAUGUGCCCAGCCCCCAGGCCAAGGCCCCUGCCAAGAGCCUCCGUCACAGAGGAAGAAUUUCCCCCUCGGAUGCCGACUCGACUGUCAGCGAGGAGUCCAGUGAGCAGGAUGUGGGCGACAAGCCCCCUGUGGCGGUUGUCGACAGCAGGCCCCCGCGAGGCUUCCAGAACGGGCCGCCCCCACCAGGCCUGGCCCCCGAGCAGCACUCCUCUGCGUCCAUCUUCGAGCACGUGGACAGGAUUGCCCAUGCUGCGGACCCUGGCCGCCGGGUGCCCAGCAAGAUCCAGCUGAUUGCCAUGCAACCCAUCCCGGCCCCCCCUGCCCAGCCCCCCAAGCUGGGUGACCGUGUGGCAGAGACCAACAAGAUCAACAAGGAGAUUCAGACUGCGCUACGGCACAAAUCAGAGAUAGAACACCACCGGAACAAGAUCCGGCUCCGUGCCAAGCUUCUGACAGAGCUGCAAGACCACCGUGCCCAUGCACGCCACUGGUCUGAUCCCGACCUCCCGGCGGAAGUCCAGACUCCGUCCUCAACCGAGCUGGGGCGGUACCCCGGCCCCCCCUUCCUGGCCCCGCAGUACGUCCCGCCCCGGCCCUCUAUCGAGGAGGCCCGUCAGACCAUGCAUUCCCUCCUGGAUGACGCUUUUGCCCUCGUGGCCCCCAGCAGCCAGCCGGCCAGUGCUGUGGGCCCCGGCCCUGCGCCCCCCGCUGGGCUGCCCACCAACAGCACCCCUUCCCGGGAAGAGAGGAGAGCCGCCCAGUGGGGGUCCUUCUACAGCCCGGCCCAGACGACCAGCAACGCGUGCAGCAGAUAUGAGGACUAUGGAAUGACUCCCCCGUCAGGUCCAUUGCCAAGGCCAAGCUUUGGCCCUGGUUUGCUGCCCUCCUCGGAUCUGGGGCCCCCGGAGUCCUCACAGCCCCAGGCUGAGGCGCCCUUCACCGCUCGAGGGAUCUACUCAGAGGAGGCAGCCUCGGUGGCCCGGCCCCGGCCAGUCGGGGGCACUGCAGGCUCCCAGAUCCAGCAGCUCACGCAGGUGGGGCUCGCCAGCAGGAUUGGUGCCCCACCUGGGGAGGUCCCGCCAGGCCGGAGUGGCCAGUAUGGAGGGCCAGGCUGGACGGCAUAUGGAGAGGAUGAGACAGGGCGGAGAGAGGCCGUGCCAAGGACUGCGGGCAGGGAGCCCUCCGCCCCGCCCGGGAACCUGCCCCACCGGGCCCUGCAGGGCUCCGGGCUGCCUUACGCCGCCAGCUCCACCGAGGACCUGCAGCCCGGCCACUCCUCCACGUCCCUCAUCAGAGCCAUCCGCGAGGAGCUGCUGCGGCUCUCGCAGAAGCAGACAGCCGUGCACAACUUCCACGGCUGAGCGCCCACGCCGCGUAUCCGCUUCCCGUGGAAGCACGACUGAGAGGGGAGUCCCUGCGGGGCAUUCGCUGGGGAGAGCGCGCAUUUCAGGGGACGCCGUGGGCUGUGUGUCAGCUUGCGGCACUUCAGUGACGAGGUCGGCACGUGGGGGGUCAUUUGGGCUCCGUGGAAACGAGCGCACGCUUAGCCCACCGCUAGCAGGCCCUUCCCAGACAACGAGUGGCGGUGGAGCUGGCACGGCGACCAAGUGCGUGGUCUCCAUGUCCACGGUGUCGGCCGAGGGAGUGGAGCGUCCGCCGGAGGAAGGGACUCAGGCAGUGUGUGUUGAUCUGCUGCUCAGUGUUCUGAGAAGAGAAUCAAAGACGUUUUAUAAACAGCUUGAUCUCCCUCGACUCCUCCAUAGGAGCUUAUUUUAAUAGUCACAUUCACGACAGGAAGAAUCCUAAGACUGUUGGCCUUUUUUAAAAAGCUACUAUUGAGAAACCAAAACGAUAGGUUGUGCGAGCCUGAGACCCCACAUGAAGCCACUGUCCUUCCUCCUCUUUCUUCUGGUGCUACUGCUCUCUGGGCCCCAUCCGCCCUACCUUCUGUCCAUCAUCCCCACAUCCUCACAACAGAGCGUUGGCUUUUUCUGUGGGAGGUUCUGGAAAACAGAAACAAAAUGCCAGGUGUGGUUGGGUAGUUUUUUGGGGUGGGGGGUAACUGACUAUUUAUUUGGUUAUUCAAAAUACAAACUGAAGUUUA